GCAAGAGGGGGACGCACAGCGGUAGUGGGUUAAAGAUGGGAUCUGGAAGAAGAAAGUUAGGAGGGGGGGGCGGGGGCGGAGGAGGUGGCGGAGGAAGGAACCAAAGAUUACUUAAAUUUCACGUGGACUCGUGCAAGAACAAAUUCUCAACCGCCGACGAUGUAGUCCACCACCUCCGCCAGCACCACUCCAACUACCGCCGCAUGGAACUCCGAACCUUGACUAGGCUUGUUCACCAAAUUUUGAGUUCUCCUUCACCAUCAUCAUCUCGCCAGCCCCACAAAUCCAGAAGGUCUUCUUCUGCUUCUCCCGGACUAGAGGAAGGGGAAGAUGAAGAUAGCAUUUUCAUCAAUCCCAAUCAAUUUCGUAAAAAAAGGAAGCGAAUUGAUGAGAGCGAAGAGAGAUUGCUUCAAAUAGAGAAUGAUUAUUCGAAAAGAAUCGAUCGGAAUCUUCCAUCCACCUCCUCUUCCGAGUCGGACUCAGAGUCACCGCCUUCUUCUUCUGCUGUUUCGACGUCAGAGGAUGGAAUUUACGGAGAGAAAGUGGAGCCAAAGAUUGAUUUGAUGCAAUCAAUGUUGCGGGAGAGCUAUGCUGCUGAAUCGAAAGGGAAAGAGAAAGAUAAAGAGAAGAAUAUUGAAGUAGAGGUUGCGAGUAGUGCCAAAAACUGUAAUGAGAUUGACAUUGUAAAUUCGCAUAAAGUUGAAGAAGAUGCAGAGAGAUUAGGGGCUAAUGGGACAAAGGAACGGAAAGGGAAAGGAGAUGUUUCGAAUGCUAAAAGCGUAGAGGUGAAGGGGAAGGAUGGGCCGAGAUUUAGGGAUUUAGGGGGAAUGCGGUCAGUAUUGGAGGAGUUGGAGAUGGAGGUGUUUUUGCCCUUGUAUCAUCCGCAUGUGCCACGGCGGCUUGGAGUAAACCCGAUAAGUGGGAUUUUACUGCACGGGCCGCCGGGCUGUGGCAAGACCAAACUGGCUCAUGCAAUUGCAACUGAGACUGGAGUUCCCUUCUACAAGAUUUCAGCUACAGAGGUUGUCUCCGGCGUUUCUGGUGCAUCUGAAGAAAACAUCCGAGAGCUUUUCUCCAAAGCAUACAGGACUGCACCAUCAAUUAUUUUCAUAGAUGAGAUUGAUGCAAUUGCUUCAAAGAGAGAAAACCUACAGAGGGAGAUGGAGCGAAGGAUUGUAACACAAUUAAUGACUUGCAUGGAUGAAUAUCACAGACUUGUUCAACCAGCCAAUGCAAAUUCAGACCCAGAGAGCUCUGAUGAAAAACCUGGCAAUGUUCUUGUAAUUGGAGCUACUAAUAGGCCUGAUGCUAUUGACCCUGCACUGAGGAGGCCUGGAAGAUUUGAUCGUGAGAUUAGGUUAGGUGUCCCAGAUGAGAAUGCUAGGGUUGAGAUUCUUUCGGUCCUUACUAGAAAAUGUACUCUUGAGGGUUCUCUUGAUCUUUUGCAAAUAGCAAGGUCUACGCCAGGAUUUGUUGGAGCUGACUUGGAUGCUUUAGUUGACAAGGCUGGUAAUCUUGCCAUGAGGAGAAUCCUUUCCCAUAGAAAGUCUGAGCUUACUGGAGAAUACUCCGACAGGGAAUACACUGAAGAAUGGUGGAAGAUGCCUUGGUUGCCUGAGGAGAUUGAAAAGCUUGCCAUUACAAUGUCUGAUUUUGAGCAAGCAGCUAAGAUGGUUCAGCCCUCUUCAAGAAGAGAAGGAUUUUCUACCAUUCCUAAUGUGAAAUGGGAAGAUGUUGGUGGGCUUGAAUCUAUAAGAAAUGAGUUUGACCUUCAUAUAGUUAGGCGCAUAAAAUUUCCUGAAGAUUAUCAGAAAUUUGGAGUGAAUUUAGAGACUGGAAUUUUGCUUUAUGGCCCUCCAGGCUGCGGUAAAACACUGAUAGCCAAGGCUGUUGCAAAUGAGGCAGGAGCUAAUUUCAUUCAUGUCAAGGGUCCUGAAAUUCUGAAUAAAUAUGUUGGAGAAAGUGAACUGGCAGUUCGUACAUUAUUUGGUCGUGCAAGGACAUGUUCACCGUGUGUACUUUUCUUUGAUGAGGUGGAUGCUUUGACAACGAAGCGUGGGAAAGAAGGGGGCUGGGUUGUUGAGCGGUUGCUAAACCAGUUACUUAUAGAGUUAGAUGGUGCAGAUCAGCGGCCUGGUGUUUUCAUAAUUGGUGCAACUAACAGACCUGAGGUGAUGGACCCUGCUGUCUUGCGACCUGGAAGGUUUGGAAAGCUUCUUUAUGUACCUCUGCCCAGUCCAGAUGACCGUGGAUUGAUCUUAAAGGCUCUUGCAAAGGGAAAACCUAUUGAUCCCAGUGUAGAUUUGAGUGCCAUUGGUCAGAUGAAUUCAUGUGAAAAUUUAAGCGGAGCUGAUCUUAAGAAGCUGAUGGAUGAAGCUGCAAUGGCUGCAUUAGUUGAAGCAAAAAGAUUGAGCUGCUCAGAUGAGAACUCAUGCACAAUCAAGGCAACUCAUUUCGAGCAAGCAUUAAAUAAAAUUUCUCCUUCUGUGUCGCACAAGCAAAUACAGUACUACAAGGUUUGGUCAGAGAGCUUCAAAACUGCAUGAUAAAGAAACAUAAACGGAAACCAGUAUUGACAAUUCUUGGUUCAAUAGUAUGUGCGUGGCUGCUAUACCCAGUGGGGGCUUGAGAGUGAAUCCUUGCGCUUGGUUUCAGUGACCUUUGUUACCCACCUUGGAUGAAAAUUUUAUUGCCCUGUGUUAUAUUUACAUAUUUUUGCAUUUUCAGGCUUUCGAAUUAGGGGAAAGCAAUACGCCUCUUGCAUAGAAUUUUCUGCAUUAUUUAUUUAUUAUUUUUUGACAACUGGCUGAGUUCCCACAUUGAUCGAGUCUAAUGAUUUUUCUGCCUUGUUGCUGCGCAACGCACUUCAUUCAAGCAGGACGUUGUGUAUUUUCUUCCCGAUAAAUCCAGUGAUUUUUAUUUUUUCC